AAUGUGUAUAAAAGGCAUAAAAUAGUAUACUGAAGGCGGCGGCUCGGUGGUUAGCGGCCGACAGUUGCCGCAAGUCGCAAUGUUUUGAUCGAUUUUCCUCAGAUUAAAAUGGUCUUUGUUAAAAUUCCCGAGGUGGGAGUUGUGAUGGACUGAAACAGGCCCCACCAGUCCCCCCACCAAUGCCCUGCGGUACCCCAGGUCCUCCUGAGGUCACCUGUGGGCACCAACGCUGACGCCUUGCCCUCCAACACACUCCCCCACGGCGGGCCACACUUGCAGCUUCAGAUAGAUAUAUUUUGUUCUGUGAGAGUAUUUUUAGAAGAUUUUACAUAUUAAUUUAAAUGGCCGACGCAGUUGGGACCAGCAUAGAGUAAUCUCAUUGCAGUUACGCUUAGCAAGGAGACAAGGUGCCCAGUCCAGUAUUGCCCAGAGCUGUUAGUGAUAAGUAGAAGCGCGUCACCCAGCUGUCGAGGGAGUGCACAGCGUUCAUGUUUCCCAGUGAGAUUAGAUCUGAUAUUCUAUGUACUGUGUAGGAACUGUCUUGUUUUCAGCACAAUUAAGCAACCACUCACCGAGUUAAGGGUUAUACACACACACACACUCAAAUAUACUCUUCAUACACAUCAUGACUAUUGCUUAGAUCACCACCACCGCCGCCACUACCACCACCACUGCUGCCACCAUGAGUAGCCAAGACUUGCCACUGCUGUCCAACAUUGGGGACAUCCGGGCCAGGCACUACCUGCUGCAGUUGCACCCAAACUUCCACUCCAAGGUGAUGCGAGGGAAGGUCAUCAUCUUCUUUGAGCCGACCACCCCCUGUGAGCGUCUGGGUGGCUGCUGCACCCGGGAGUGUUCCUGUGAUGAGAGCCAGCGCCCGGCCGCCCCCACAGGUAUGCUGGCCGGCCUCAGGGCACACAGACGUCCACCACCGCCACCGCCAGACUCCGACUCCGACUCUGAUGAGGAGGUGCAGCCGCCGCAAGACUCCCCGGUGCAGGAUGGCCAGAACUCCAAGGACAAGGACUUUGAGGUGGUGCUGGACUGCUGCGACAUCCGAGUGCGCGGCGUGAGCGAGGUGAGCAGCGAGGGGGUGGAGCUGGAGCGCUACCUGGAUCCCCAGCACCAGCGUGUCUGUCCCUCUGCUGUGUCCCUGUGGUGUGGCCGGCGGCACACACCCCUGCACUACACUGUGAGCCCCUGGUGCAUCAAGAUCUGGAAGCCUGGCAUCAGGGAGGCACAGGGAUUCCCCCGUGUGGUCUGCAUCGACUAUGAGACCACACCCCAAGGCAAGUCGCUGCUGUGGCGGAGUGACCAGGAUGGCAACACCUGUGUGUUCACUCCGGCUGCAGCCAUCAACAACCGGUCCCUGUUGCCCUACCAGGACCCACCCUCAGCCAUGGCUACCUGGCAAGCCUGGGUCACUGUGGGUCGAGAUAAGAUAGUCAGCAUGACCGGGGAUGCCCGCCCUUUGCAGUGCCCUCCUCCAGGUGAGGAUGGCACGGGGGGUGACCCUCCCACCCACAAGCCCCUGGAGGAGUGCUGCUGUGCCCCAGACCAAGAGGAGGGGCUGGUCAGACCCUCCACCAUGUGCUACUACUACCACACCACAAUGGUCCUGCCCAUUGCCACCAUUGCCAUUGCCAUUGGCAGGUGGGAGGUGGAGACCCUGUCCACAGUACUGCCCCGGGCCAAGCCUCCUGAGAGUGGGAGUUCAGGGAGCUGCCGCCACUACCGGUACCCAUGCCACCAGGACCCCGACAACUGGAGCUACCAGACCCCACUGACCCUGGUGUACCCGCCCUCCUGUGCCCGGGCAGUCAAGCCACUGGGCUGCUUCCUGCCCCAUGCCCUGGCCGCUGCCACUCGCCUGCUGGGUGUGUACCCCUGCCGAAGGCUGGAGGUGGUGGUACUGCCCCAGUGCUUUGGCAGCCUGGGCUUGGCCUCACCCAAUCUCAUCUUCCUCUCCCCCACUGUGGCCAUUGAUGACCCCUCAGCAUUCAUCCGCCUUGCCCACGAGAUCAGCCACGCCUGGUUUGGGAUUGUCAUUGGAGCGCAGGACUGGACGGAGGAGUGGCUGAGCGAGGGCUUUGCCACCUACAUGGAAGACUCCAUCUACUCUGAGGCAGCUCUGGCCUACCACAGGGCACGGUGCAACACCUCGGCCACCACCAAGGCUACCAGAGCCUCCCCACGCUGCAGCCCCAAGAACCACUCACAAGAGAGCGACGCAGAAGCUGGGGAGGAUGAGGACGAGGACGAGGGGGCGGCGGGAGACACCAACAGCAGCAUUGGCACCAGACCCCGUGCGGCCAAGGAUAACGGUGCCAGCCAGGACGACGACGACGAUGACGAUGAUGACGUGAGGGAGCCUUGCUAUAAGUGUGAGUCCACCAAGGCCCUGUGUGGGUGUGUCAUGGUGGAGAGCUUAGCCCUAGGGGCCAGCCUGCCUCUCAAGCUGUCCUCAGGCCAUGGCCUCACCAGAGACAGCCUGGAGCAACUGUCAGACCUGCGGGCACACCUCAAGUACCGCACCCUGGCCAGUGAGGUGGAACACUCCACAGAGGAGUUGCAGACCCUCAGGCCCAUGCAGGGGGAGGGGCUGGUGGGGUCUGAUGGCGUCAGCUAUGUGAAGAACGGCCUCAACCCGGAGAAGACCUUCCUGCAGGUGCAUUAUCUGAAGGGCUACUUCCUCCUGAAGUACCUGAGCCAGCUGGUGGGGCGCGACAAGUUUGACGCCAUGCUGCGGGAGUACGUGUCGGUGUUCCACGGCCAGCUGGUUCUGUCCAGUCACAUCCUGGAAUAUUUUCUCAAGACCUUCCCCCACCUGGAGGCAGAGGGCCUCACACAGGAAGCUCUGAUGGAGGAGUGGCUGCACCAGCCGGGCCUCAACGAGGAGAUCACCGACAUGUUUGGGGACCUGUCCAAUGAGUUGUUUGAGCAGGUUGGGCAGCACCUCAAGUUUUGGGAGCACUUUGAUAAGUCCAAGAAGAGAUCUGGGCAGACCAUCAAGAGGGCCAAGGUGCAGCUGGAGCCGUUCCUGUUUCCCGACCAGCUGGUGCUGCUGCUGGAACAUCUGCUGGAGCUGCCCAAGGUGUACAAGCGCACGCUGCGGCAGAUCAACGAGUACUAUGGCAUGUGGGCGCAGUGCGGGGACGUGCGCCACCGCUGGUGUGAGCUCAUCAUCAAGAGUGACUACGAGGACCUGCAGCAGGUGGAGCGCUUCCUGCUGGAGGACCAGGCCAUGGGGGUCUACCUGUAUGGGGAGCUCAUCAUCUCCAGGAAUGUCAAGCACCGCCGCCUGGCAGAGCAGGUGUUUGGCAAGAUCCAGGAGGACAUGGACGAGACAGCGCGCAUGACUGUCUUCUCCAUGCUGUACGGGGAGUAGCUGCCGCCACCGCCGCUGCCACCACCUAUUGUUGUGUGAAGUAGUAACUAAGUUUCUCUCGGCACAAAAUCGGCAGACUAACCACACUUUUAGGGGGGGGGAGGGGGGAGGGAGGGAGGGGAAACUAGUGUUUGAAUACCAGUGUAGAGCAGAGCUGGCAGCUGUCAGUGUGUGUGUGUGUGUGUGUGUGUGUGUGUGUGUGUGUGUGUAUAUGCAAGCUUGGUAUGUAUUGUGGAGAUUAGUGUCUGUAUGAGCUGAAUUGGGAGAGACCUGGCCAGCAACAUUCCCACGACUUGCGACACUGGUGUGACUUUCAGUUUGCCUUCACGUUUUGGCUCGGGCCACCGGGAGCCGAGGAAACCACUGACCAAGGGUGACUAAAUUUUGUCUUAUGCUCGAUUGGGAGAGUUUGCAACAAGGUAACACAAAAAUUAGGUUAUUGCUAUUUGUAGUGUUAAGAGUAUCAUAAUUUUCCAACUAUUUUCUACAACCAGUUUGUGAAGGACAAUCUUACUAAUAAAAAUGAGUUGCUUGACA